CCCUGACGUCAACGUCCCCCCCGUGACGUGCCCGCCUCCGGGUGAGACGAAAUCCCUGACACUAACUCGAGCGGCACUCGCUCCCACUCGGCGGUGAAUGGGGGAAGUACAACUCCGAACGUUCUAGUCCGGUACAACCCUCGUCUCUUCGGUCUGACACGUCUGAGACACGCCGGUAGUCGACGGUCACGCUUCGCCACAACCACCGGGAAGACUCCAGCGCUGCUAAGCUAGCUAGGAAUGAGCAAGGAUGGCCGGCUCUGCAGCAGAGGAGAAAAACUUCCGACGGUUCCUGGAGCUCUUUCUCCGGGAGAUGAGCCCGCCUCUGCAGGACAGCGACCCGCUCCCUGCGCGCCCCUUGACGGACCUGGUGUGUGAGGACGAGGUGGAGGGGGAAUGCCUCGACUUGUGUCUGCAGCACCUCUACAAAUAUAACUGCCCGUGCUCCUUGGCGGCGGCUCUGGCCAGAGCGACGUCCGACAGCAUCCUGCAGAGCGACCUCACCAUCCACCACCUCGUCAAGAGUGGAGAAGACGGCGUCGGCCCCUUACCACAACUGGAGGCGGUCAAGUUGGCCCGUCUGAUCUUCAAGCGACUGUUCGAUACCUGCAGUCUGUGGAGCAAAGAGAUUCCGUAUCGCCGCCGCCCGCAGCCGUACUACGAGACGUCCAUCCACGCCAUCAAGAACAUGAGGCGCAAGAUGGAGGACCGACACCUCAUCAUCCCCGACUUCAACACGCUCUUCAACGUUCAGGAUCAGGAAGAGCAGGCCUUCUUCGCCGUGUUCGACGGGCACGGUGGCGUGGACGCCGCCAUUUACGCCGCCAACCACCUCCACGUCAACCUGGCGCGCCAGGAGUCCUUGGCCCAGGACCCGGGGGAGGCCUUGCGCCGCGCCUUCAAGAUCACGGACCAGCACUUUGUCAAGAAGGCGUCACGUGAGAACUUACGCUGCGGCACCACGGGCGUGGUCACCUUCCUGCGGGGCCGCACGCUGCACGUGGCCUGGCUGGGGGACUCCCAGGUCAUCCUGGUGCGGCGCGGCCAGGUGGUGGAGCUGAUGAAGGCGCACAAACCCGACCGAGAGGACGAGAAGCAGAGGAUCGAAGCUCUGGGCGGCUGCGUCAUCUGGUUUGGAACCUGGAGAGUCAACGGCAGUCUGUCCGUAUCCAGAGCCAUCGGCGACUCGGAGCACAAGCCUUACAUCUGCGGCGACGCCGACCACAACGUCUUCCCAUUGGACGGCUCCGAGGACUACCUCAUUCUGGCCUGCGAUGGCUUCUGGGACACAGUCAGUCCCGACGAGGCGGUCCGGGUGGUCAGCGACCACCUUCAGGAGAACGCGGGCGACACCUCCAUGGUGGCCCACAAGCUGGUGGCCUCGGCCCGCGACGCCGGCUCCAGCGAUAACAUCACCGUCAUCGUAGUUUUUCUGCGGGACCCCCGCUCCGCGCCACCCACCAUCACGGAGGACGACGACGAAGAGGGGGAGGGCGUGGCGGAAGGUCCGAUGGAGGAGGAGCCAACUGCAGAGCCAGAGGAGGAGCCGGAAGAGGAGCCGGAGGAAGAGGAGGCUGGCAGAGCAGAGCGAGGCGGCGGCGAAGGAGGCAGCACAGCGGACAACGGGGGGAAGAGUCGUGGCGGCUGGCCCCUGCAGCAGUGCUCCGCUCCGGCCGACCUCGGCUACGAUGACCGCAAGGACUCUUUGACGGACAGAACCAGCCUCAGCCUCCUGGGGCCCACGUUGGGGGGCCGCAUCUUUUCCAGCCUGCACGCCGCCCCCCUGGAUAAACGCCCUCUAAGGCGCCGCCUCCACCUCCCGUACCAGGAGUCCGGUAUCGCCAGUUUUACGGACCCACUGUGGCACCAGACCGCCUCGCUGCUGGGCCGGGUCGCCAGGCGGAGCCACCGGCUCGUCGGCGGCAGGCGUGACCUCAGGCGGCCGCAGAGCUUCACCAAGUCCCUGGCUUUCUUUUCACCUGACCACCUGCAGCGCUGCGCCCCCUGGAGGCCUACGCUGCCCCAUGACCCCGCAGUCUGAGGCGCCUCCUGCGUCUUUUCAAGCCCCGCCCCCUAACCCCGCCUACCCGCCUCUGCCUUCAACACCUGGUCUUUUCUUUGGCUAGUUUAGCUGCGUGUGGAGCUUUUCUUUCGUGACGUGAACAUUGAGCGCUUGUCUUCAUAAACAAGCUUGGAUCAAAGUGACGCUAGCGGUCAAGCUAAACACUUUUUAGUCAUGACGCUAGUACUCAAGCUAACACCUUUCAGUCAUGAUGCUAGCACUCAAGCUAACACCUUUCAGUCAUGAUGCUAGCACUCAAACUAACACCUUUCAGUCAUGAUGCUAGCACUCAAACUAACACCUUUCAGUCAUGAUGCUAGCACUCAAACUAACACCUUUCAGUCAUGAUGCUAGCCCUCAAGCUAACACUUUUCAGUCAUGACGCUAGCACUCAAACUAACACUUUUCAGUCAUGACGCUAACAAUUUUCAGUCAUGACGCUAGCACUCAAGCUAACACUUUUCAGUCAUGACGCUAACAAUUUUCAGUCAUGACGCUAGCACUCAAGCUAACACUUUUCAGUCAUGACGCUAACACUUUUCAGUCAUGAUGCUAGCACUCAAGCUAACACUUUUCAGUCAUGAUGCUAGCACUCAAGCUAACACUUUUCAGUCAUGACGCUAGCACUCAAGCUAACACUUUUCAGUCAUGACGCUAACACUUUUCAGUCAUGAUGCUAGCACUCAAGCUAACACCUUUCAGUCAUGACGCUAGCACUCAAGCUAACACUUUUCAGUCAUGACGCUAGCACUCAAGCUAACAUUUUUCAGUCAUGAUGCUAGCACUCAAGCUAACACCUUUCAGUCAUGAUGCUAGCACCACAGGUAACACCUUUCAGUCAUGAUGCUAGCACUCAAGCUAACACCUUUCAGUCAUGAUGCUAGCACUAAAGGUAACACCUUUCAGUCAUGAUGCUAGCCCUAAAGCUAACACCUUUCAGUCAUGAUGUUAGCAUUCAAGCUAACACCUUUCAGUCAUGAUGCUAGCACCAAAGGUAACACCUUUCAGUCAUGAUGCUAGCCCUAAAGCUAACACCUUUCAGUCAUGAUGUUAGCACUCAAGCUAACACCUUUCAGUCAUGAUGCUAGCACUAAAGGUAACACCUUUCAGUCAUGAUGCUAGCCCUAAAGCUAACACCUUUCAGUCAUGAUGUUAGCACUCAAGCUAACACCUUUCAGUCAUGAUGCUAGCACUAAAGGUAACACCUUUCAGUCAUGAUGCUAGCCUUAAAGCUAACACCUUUCAGUCAUGAUGUUAGCACUCAAGCUAACACCUUUCAGUCAUGAUGCUAGCACUAAAGGUAACACCUUUCAGUCAUGAUGUUAGCACUCAAGCUAACACCUUUCAGUCAUGAUGCUAGCACUCAAGCUAACACCUUUCAGUCAUGAUGCUAGCAUUCAAGUUAACACUUUUCAGUCAUGCUUGCACUCAAGCUAACACCUUUCAGUCACGAUGCUAGCCCUAAAGCUAACACCUUUCAGUCAUGAUGCUAGCCCUAAAGCUAACACCUUUCAGUCAUGAUGCUAGCCCUAAAGCUAACACCUUUCAGUCAUGAUGCUAGCACUAAAGCUAACACCUGUCAGUCAUGAUGCUUGCACUCAAGCUAACACUUUUCAGUCAUGACGCUAACACACAAGCUAACAUUUUUCAGUCAUGAUGUUAGCACUCAAGCUAACACUAUUCGGUCAUGAUGCUAGCACUAAAGCUAACUCCUUUCAGUCAUGACGAUAGCCCUCAAGCUAACACUUUCCCGUUACGCUAGCAGCCAAGCUAACACUUUUCAAUCAUACUGUUAACACUUCAGUCAUGACGCUGGCACUCAAGCUAACAGUUUUCAGUCAUGAUGUUAACAGUCAAGCUAAGAUUUUUUCAGUCUUGAAGCCAAAACUUUUCAGGCCAUAUGAAACAAAAAUAAAAGUGUACUUUUGGAGGCGGAGCUAACAUUCAAUGAACACAGUUAAUGUUUCCAAGUGCUAUAAAGCAGAUUUUUUGGAACGCAUACAUAGAAAAAAAAAUCCUAAAAUCGUUAUCAGAAAUUUCUUAGCAUUUAAAGCAUGUGAGGUCAUCCUGAUGUUACAGAAAAUGAGUGAGAAGCAAUGAUGUUUUGCAGUUUAAAAAAAGUUUUUCGGGUUUUUCAUCAAAAGGAGAGUUGAACUUGUACGACUGCUGAGUCGAGAUGUUUGGAUUUGUCCCAUCCAUGAUUUUACUUUGUUAAUGCCAGUUUUUUGUCAGCCUCUCAUUCCAUGUGUGUACUCAUGAAAAAGCACUCAGAGGCUGGAUUAUAAAAGAUUAGCCGUCACUUACCUGAUGCUACGCGAAGCAGGGGAUUUAUUUGUGUUGAUGACGCUUUCAGGAGCAGGACAAAAGUCACUCUAUUUUUAUUCUUCUGCUGGCUCCUGAAAUUAUUUGUGCUGCAAGUUGCAAACAGCUGCCUUCUUUGGACUGAUGUUCCUCCAACAACUAGCGAGCUAACUAGUUCUGUACAAAAUACUAGCUAGCUGUGUCUAAAGACCAGACAGUUUAGUCCUAAAACUAGCAUAUACGUUUCUCUGUGUCUGAUUGGACAGCUUGCUAGUUCUGUCUCAAGACCAGCAGGCUAGCCGACCAGUUCUGUCUAAAGACUAGCAGGCUUGCAGACCAGUUCUGUCUAAAGACUAGCAGGCUUGCCGACCAGUUCUGUCUAAAGACUAGCAGGCUUGCAGACCAGUUCUGUCUAAAGACUAGCAGGCUUGCCGACCAGUUCUGUCUAAAGACUAGCAGGCUUGCCAACCAGUUCUGUCCAAAGACUCGCAGGCGAGCCGACUAGUUUUGUCUAUUGACUAGCUUUGUCUCAAGACUAGCAGGCUAGCCGACCAUUUUUGUCAAAAGACUAGACGGUUAGCCGACUAGUUUUGUCUAUUGACUGGCUGACUAGUUUUGUCUCAAGACUAGCAGGCUAGCCGACCAGUUCCGUCUUAAGACUAGCACGUUAGCCGACUAAUUUUGUCUAUUGACUAGCUGACUAGUUUUGUCUCAAGACUAGCAGGCUAGCCGACCAGUUCUGUCUAAAGACUAGCAGGUUAGCCGACUAAUUUUGUCUAUUGAGUAGCUGUCUAGUUUUGUCUCAUGACUAGCAGGCUAGCUGACUAGUUCUGUCUAUUGACUAGCUGACUAGUUUUGUCUCAUGACUAGCAGGCUAGCUGACUAGUUUUGUCUAAAGACUAGCAGGCUAUUGUACUAUUUCUGUCUAAAGACUAGUAGGUUAGCCGACUAGUUUUGUCCAAAGACUAGCCGACUGGUCGACUAGUUUUGUCUAAAGACUAGCAGGCUAGACGACUAAUUUUUUUUCAUAAAGACUUGUCGACUAGUUUGGUCUACAGACUAGCAGGCUAGCCGACUAGUUAUGUCUAAAGACCAGCAAGCUAGUCGACUAGUUUUGUCUAAAGAUUAGCAGGCUAUUGGACUAAUUUUGUUUACAGACUAGCAGGUUAGCCGACUAGUUUUGUCCAAAGACUAGUAGACUAGUUUUGUCUAAAGACUGGACGACAAUUUUUUGGUCUAAAGACUAGUCAUCUAGUUAUGUCUAAAGACUAGCACGCUAGCCGACUAGUUAUGUCUAAAGACUAGCAAGCUAGUCGACUAGUUUUGUCUAAAGAUUAGCAGGCUAUUGGACUAAUUUUGUUUACAGACUAGCAGGUUAGCCGACUAGUUGUGUCCAAAGACUAGUAGACUAGUUUUGUCUAAAGACUAGACGACAAUUUUUUGGUGUAAAGACUAGUCAUCUAGUUAUGUCUAAAGACUAGCAGGCUAGCCGACUAGUUAUGUCUGAAGACUAGCAAGCUAGUCGACUAGUUUUGUCUAAAGAUUAGCAGGCUAUUGGACUAAUUUUGUUUACAGACUAGCAGGUUAGCCGACUAGUUUUGUCCAAAGACUAGUAGACUAGUUUUGUCUAAAGACUAGACGACAAUUUUUUGGUCUAAAGACUAGUCAUCUAGUUAUGUCUAAAGACUAGCAGGCUAGUCGACUAGUUUUUUCUACAGACUAGUAGGUUAGCCAACUAGUUUUGUCCAAAGACUAGCAGACUAGUUGACUAAGUUUGUCUAAACUAGUUUUGUCUCAAGACUAGCAGGCUAGCGGACUAGUUCUGUCUAAAAACGGGCAGGCUAGUUGACUAGUUUUGUCUCAAGACUAGCCAACUAGUUUUGUCUCAAGACCAGCAGGCUAGCCGACCAGUUUUGUUCAAGACUAGCAGGUUAGCCGACUAGUUUUGUCUAUUGACUAGCUGACUAGUUUUGUCUCAUUACUAGCAGACUAGUCGCCUAGUUCUGUCUAAAGACUAGCAGGCUAGUCGACUAGUUAUGUCUAAAGACUAGCAGGCUAUUGGACUAGUUUUGUCUACAGACUAGCAGGUUAGCCGACUAGUUUUGUCCAAAGACUAGCAGACUAGUCGACUCGUUUUGUCUAAAGACUAGCAGGCUAGUCGACUAGUUAUGUCUAAAGACUAGCAGGCUAUUGGACUACUUUUGUCUACAGACUAGCAGGUUAGCCGACUAGUUUUGUCCAAAGACUAGCAGACUAGUCGACUCGUUUUGUCUAAAGACUAGCAGGCUAGACGACUAUUUUUUUGUCUAAAAACUAGCAGGCCAGCCGUCUAGUUUUGUCCAAAGACUAGCAGGCUAUUGGACUAGUUUUGUCUACAGACUAGCAGGUUAGCCGACUAUUUUUGUCCAAAGACUAGCAGACUAGUCGACUAGUUUUGUCUAAAAACUAGCAGGCUAGACUACUAGUUUUUUCCAAAGACUAGCUGGCUAGCUAACUAGUUUUGUCCAAAGACUAACAGACUAGCCGGUUAGUCGACUAGUUUUGUCCAAAGACUGGCAGGUUAGUCGACUAGUUUUGUCCAAAGACUAGACGGCUAGUCGACUAGUUUUGUCCAAAGACUAGCAGACUAGCCGACUAGUUUUGUCCAAAGACUAGCCGGUUAGUCGACUAGUUUUGUCCAAAGACUGGCAGGUUAGUCGACUAGUUUUGUCCAAAGACUAGCAGGCUAGCCGACUAGUUUUGUCCAAAGACUAGCAGACUAGCCGACUAGUUUUGUCCAAAGACUAGCCGGUUAGUCGACUAGUUUUGUCCAAAGACUGGCAGGUUAGUCGACUAGUUUUGUCCAAAGACUAGACGGCUAGUCGACUAGUUUUGUCCAAAGACUAGCAGACUAGCCGACUAGUUUUGUCCAAAGACUAGCCGGUUAGUCGACUAGUUUUGUCCAAAGACUGGCAGGUUAGUCGACUAGUUUUGUCCAAAGACUAGACGGCUAGUCGACUAGUUUUGUCCAAAGACUAGCAGACUAGCCGACUAGUUUUGUCCAAAGACUAGCCGGUUAGUCGACUAGUUUUGUCCAAAGACUGGCAGGUUAGUCGACUAGUUUUGUCCAAAGACUAGCAGGCUAGCCGACUAGUUUUGUCCAAAGACUAGCAGACUAGCCGACUAGUUUUGUCCAAAGACUAGCCGGUUAGUCGACUAGUUUUGUCCAAAGACUGGCAGGUUAGUCGACUAGUUUUGUCCAAAGACUAGACGGCUAGUCGACUAGUUUUGUCCAAAGACUAGCAGACUAGCCGACUAGUUUUGUCCAAAGACUAGCCGGUUAGUCGACUAGUUUUGUCCAAAGACUGGCAGGUUAGUCGACUAGUUUUGUCCAAAGACUAGCAGGCUAGCCGACUAGUUUUGUCUAAAGACUAGCAGGCUAGCCGACUAGUUUUGUCUAAAGACUAGCAGGCUAGCCGACUAGUUUUGUCUAAGGACUAGCGUCACUAAGGCUCGCUAGUUUAGUCCAGAACAAGCAGGCUGUCUCAGUCAAUCAGUCAAUGUUUAUUUACAUAGCCCUAAACCACGAGUGUCUCAAAGGGCUGCACAAGCCACAACCACAGCAGUUUGAAAGAAAUAUUAAGUUAAAACAAAACAAGCUACUUUGCUCGUCUAAGAUGGCAAACUUGAACAAAUUCAGUCCUUUUCUCACCGACUAUUCUGCACCAGGACAACGCCUGAGAUGCUACGUACGACAGAGCUAACCUGGUGGUGGUCACAUGACAUCACACUGUCACGUACACGCCACUGGUAGCGUGUGAAUAGACUAGUCCUUGGCUAAAACUAGCAAUCCGAGCUACUUUUUGUGUUCAUGCUAGUCUCAGAUGGCAAAAUUUUGAACACAUUUGUAGUAAUCUAUACUAUUUUCCAACUACGUACUGCCGAGCUAACAUGGUGGUCAGUUAUAUGACUGAUGUACUAACCUCGUUUCCAAUUGUGUUAGAUGUAAAUAUAAACAGAAUACAAUGAUUUGCAAAUCCUUUUCAACCCAUAUUCAGUUGAAUAUGCUACAAAGACAACAUAUUUGAUGUUCAAACUUUAUUUUUUUUUUUGCAAAUAAUAAUUAACUUAGAAUGGCUGCAACACGUGCCAAAGUAGUUGGGAAAGGGCAUGUUCACCACUGUGUUACAUCACCUUUUCUUUUAACAACACUCAAACGUUUGGGAACUGAGGAAACUAAUUGUUUAAACUUUGAAAGUGGAAUUCUUUCCCAUUCUUGUUUUAUGUAGAGCUUCUGUCGCUCAACAGUCUUCUUGUCGUAUUUUACGCUUCAUAAUGUGCCACACAUUUUCGAUGGGAGACAGGUCUAGCGGGCCAGGAAAGUACCCGCACUCUUUUUUUACGAAGCCACGCUGUUGUAACACGUGCUGAAUGCGGCUUGGCAUUGUCUUGCUGAAAUAAGCAGGGGCAUUGCUUGGAUGACAACAUAUGUUGUUCCAAAACCUGUAUGGACCAUCCAGCAUUAAUGGUGCCUUCCCAGAUGUGUAAGUUACCCAUGACUUGGGCACUAAUACACCCCCAUACCAUCACAGAUGCUGGCUUUUCAACUUUGCGCCUAUAACGGGACGGCGUGGCGCAGUGGGAGAGUGGCCGUGCGCAACCCGAGGGUCACUGGUUCAAAUCCCACCUAGAACCAACCUCGUCACGUCCGUUGUGUCCUGAGCAAGACACUUCACCCUUGCUCCUGAUGGUUGCUGGUUGGCGCCUUGCAUGGCAGCUCCCUCCAUCAGUGUGUGAAUGUGUGUGUGAAUGGGUAAAUGUGGAAGUAGUGUCAAAGCGCUUUGAGUACCUUGAAGGUAGAAAAGCGCUAUACAAGUACAACCCAUUUAUCAUUUAUCAUUUAUAACAAUCAGGAUGGUUAUUUUCCUCUUUGUUCUGUAGCACACCACGUCCACAGUUUCCAAAUAUAAUUUGAAAUGUGGACUCGUCAGACCACAGAACACUUUUCCACUUUGCAUCAGUCCAUCUUAGGUGAUCUCGGGCCCAGAGAAGCCGGCGGCGUUUCUGGAUGUUGUUGAUAAAUAGCUUUUAGCUUUGCAUAGUAGAGCUUUAACUUGCACUUACAGAUGUAGCGACAAACUUUAUUUAGUGACAGUGGUUUUCUGAAGUGUUGAUAUGUGGUGAUAUCCUUUAGAGAUUGAUGUCGGUUUUUGAUACAGUGCCGUCUGAGGGAAUUCAAUGUUGGUUUCCGGCCAUGCCGCUUACAUGGAGUGAUUUCUUCAAAUUCUCUGAAACUUUUGAUAUUAUAGACUGUAGAUGUUGAAAUCCCUAAAUUUCUUGCAAUUGCACUUUGAGAAACCUUCUUAAACUGUUUGACUAUUUGCUUACAUAGUUGUGUACCUCGCUCCAUCCUUUCUUGUGAAAGACUGAGCAUUUUUAUGAAAGCUGUUUUUAUACCCAAUCAUGGCACCCACCUGUUCCCAAUUAGCCUGCACACCUGUGGGAUGUUCCAAAUAAGUGUUUGAUGAGCAUUCCUCAACUUUAUCAGUAUUUAUUGCCACCUUUCCCAACUUCUUUGUCACGUGUUGCUGGCAUCAAAUUCUAAAGUUAAUGAUUAUUUGCACAAAAAAAAUGUUCUUUAUGAGUUUGAACAUCAAAUAUGUUGUCUUUGUAGCAUAUUCAACUGAAUAUGGCUUGAAAAUGAUUUUCAAAUCAUUGUAUUCUGUUUAUAUUUACAACACAAUUUCCCAACUCAUAUGUAAUAGUCUACAAAUACAACAUUUAUUAAUUUAACAAAAAGUUAACUGUUAAUUGUUAACAACAAUGUUGUCAACUGUGAUUAAUCCUCAGAAGAUAAUUAACAUUUCAUUCCGAUCACUCACAUGAAUAUAUUUGAUUUAGUGCUGAAAUGUAAGAAGUUUUUACCUUAACACUCAUCUCCAUUGACUUGGAGGUCAGAACAAUUGCGAGGUCAGCUUGUUGAGGACUGUUCUCAACUCCUGCUUCACUGUUACACACCAACUCUUCUCGCUGCUGCAUGUUCAACCACUAAUGAUCACUUGCAGGGGACAAAAAUAAAGAAGCCAUGAAGUAUUUACGACAAAAACAAAUCACGUUAUUAGUGUCACCUGUCUUUUUUUUCAUCAAACUCCGCCUUAAAGGACAUCCUGCCAAUCAGAUCCAUCACUAAUAGGAUAAUUAGUAGGUCGUUAUUGUCGCAUAGUUUUUCUUUCUUUUUAAAAGCGACCAAAGUCGUCUUGCGGCGGCAACCUUAUCAGCAAUAAAGUUCCCGGGCAGCGAUCCCAAAGAAGGUUGGCUGCGAAGUUGUUCCUCUUGGCUCAAUCCCGUGCACCCUUCAUCGUUCAAAACGAGCGCCGUUAACAAAAUGAAAUAUCAGCUUUUGUGAUUGCUCCUCUUCUCAGUGCAUUAAAACACAUUUCACAACGUUUACGAGCUAAAGUCGAGAUGAAAAACUUUUGUUCCGUGUGUUGAAAAUAACAGCUUCUUUUUUUCCGUAAUUCACUAUUUUAUCGCACGGUAUUUCAUUUUUGUUGUGUAUAAGAGCCCUCCAUUACGUACACAGAAAAUAUCUAUUUUUUUUUCUGUCUGUAAGCAAUAACUGCAUUCUAAUGUAGAAAAAAAACAAAACAGAAAAACAAGUUGUCUGCUGGACAUAAAGAAGUGGAGGUGGUGUCAAUCUCCAUGACAACAAGAAGAAGACAAGGAAAGUUAAGUUGAAACUAACUACGUAUAAGUGUGUUCCUCUAGUACAAAUAUUAAAUACUGUACAUGUACUGUAACUGGUGAAUAAAUAACUAUCAUGUAUAUAAAGACUACAACAACCA